AUCCAAUCAUUCCCUCGUGGUGGUGUCGAAACUGUAGGUCAGGAGUGUGUGCGAAAACCCUAAUCCUGUUAUUCUCGCUCGCGAUCUCUCGAUCUCCGCUAUGUCGUCGAGGCAAACCUACAGCUAUGGUGGGAUCGGUGACAGCUAUCGCUCAAGCUACGGAGGCAGCGCGUACGACGGGGCCGGCCUCUCCUCCAUCUACGCCUACCGUACGUCCCCACGCUUACCCAGCGUCGAGACCUACUCGGCCACCGACACGGCCUCCUUGUACGCCGACAAGCUAGCCGCGGUCUACUCGAAGCAGGGUCUUGGCGCCUCCAGCAACUACUCGGCGGCCACCUCAUCGCUGUACGGAACCUCAGCCUACGAUCCUUCUCUACUCGCCGGAACCAAGCGCUCUAUGGAAGCUUUCUACCAUCAGACACUUCUUGGAAGUCAUAACAGUUUUGGGGAAACUGAGGCUUUAUUUUCUUCAAAUUCUUUGAUCAAACGCCCUAGAUUUGAAACUGGAAGCAAUCUUCCUAUAUAUCCUCAGAGACCAGGAGAAAAGGAUUGUGCUUACUAUAUGAUGACAAGAACCUGUAAAUUUGGAGAUGCUUGCAAGUUUGACCACCCUUUUUGGGUUCCUGAGGGUGGAAUACCAGACUGGAAAGAGAUUCCUCUUGUCCCCACUAGUGAAUCUCUUCCAGAAAGACCAGGAGAGCCUGAUUGUCCUUACUACAUGAAGACACAAAAGUGUAAAUUUGGAAUCCGUUGCAAGUUCAACCAUCCGAAUGAAAACUUAAAUGGUUCUGCAAAUGAAGUAUCUUUAGGAGGUGCUGAAACUACUGAUGUUUCAACCUUGCCUGAGAGACCAACUGAACCUGUAUGCUCGUUUUAUAUGAAAACUAAAAGCUGCAAGUUUGGAGCAAAUUGCAAAUUCCAUCAUCCAAAAGAUCUUCAGUUGCAAUCCAAUGAACAAAAUGGUGUGCAAGACUUAUUAGGACAGCAUGUGGAGGCAACUGUUGAUGUCUCAUUGUCAAACACACACAUCCCAGUCACCCUUGCUUUAUUGCAUAAUUCAAAGGGAUUGCCUAUUCGACCGGGAGAGGCAGAUUGCCCAUUUUACCUUAAAACUGGAAGCUGCAAAUAUGGUGCUACUUGCCGUUUCAAUCAUCCAGAUAGAAAUGCAAUUAAUCCAUCACUAGUGGCUGGCCUGGCACCAACUGUCCUGCCAGCUGCUGCUGCUAGUCUUUCACUUGGAGUCUUGAAUCCAGCUGCUAAUUUUCUUCAAAAUAUAGAUCUGCAGACUGCCCAAACAUCACUUGGUAUUCUUCCGACUAGCUAUCCUCAAAGGCCUGGGGAAAUAGAAUGUGAUUACUACAUGAAGACUGGAGUCUGCAAGUUUGGAGACAGAUGCAAGUUUCACCACCCUAUUAACAGGUCAGCGCCAACCUCAGGAUUACAUCAGGCUUCUGAGCAAACUGUAAAGCUUACUCUUGCUGGGUUACCAAGAAGACAGGGCGCAACUGUUUGUGCAUUCUACAUGAAGACAGGCACAUGCAAAUUUGCUGCAGCAUGCAGAUUUGACCACCCUCCUCCAGGUGAGGCCAUAGCUCUGGCAACUGUUCAAGCGACUAGUGGAAAUGAGGCUGCUGCCGCCGAAGAAAAAUGAACGUAGGUAGUGGAAUACGGUCACAGUAACGUGUUUUCUCUGGAAAUCUCACUGUUGUCUCUAGUUAAUUAGCUCGAUGAUGUGAACUGGUAGGAAAAAAAAUCACUGGGUGUAUCAGAUUUGUCUUUGCAAGUUUUGCUACCUGUCAAUACCUUUCCCCCUUCUUCUGUGGCACUAUCUGCUGUUAAAACAUUUGUUUCCUCGCUAUAUCAUGCAUUGCAUGAGUAUGUAUCUGUGAUUGUAAUCUGAAACUGUGAAACACUAGUCGAUCCAUUUUGCUACCUGUAUGGGUUUUUGGUA